UGUGAAUUGUAAGGAUAUUGACUAUUCGUAACUGCUGACGUAGGCACCAUUUUCUGGUAAACACAAAGUUAACAGUGAAAGUGCGUUAUCUGUGUGGACUAUUGGAGUAUUUCGGGUGUAUUUGAACCAGAUUUAUAGGAAGAAAGGAGGAAAAACGUGAAAUUGCACAGAAAUCAUAAAAAUAAGUAUGGCUUUAGCCGCUUCAUUUCUAUUUCUGUUGCAAUUAUUUUGCAUCUUACGUGCAUCAUGGGCCCAACGAUCGCCAUACUCGCUACAGGCAGCCGUUGAGGAGUUGCACCAUAGGGAAGCAGCCAAAUAUCCACUAAACUCACCACCGUCCCAACGGUACUUUACCGAUUCAUUAGGUAAUAGUGCUGAACAGGAUUAUGGGAACAAUGAUUUGCAAUUUCCUUCGGUAUUUCGUGAACGCGAAACCCAAUUGGGACCCGUAGGGAGCCUUGCUUCUGACCAUUCCACAUUGACCGAUCAGUUCUUACGCGAAAUCGAAAAUGCACAAGAAUUUGAACGCGAAGAGCAGUAUAAGGAAGCCUUGCGUAAUCUGUGGGAGAAAUAUCAACAAAAGGAAAAUGAAAUCAAAGUCGAUAUGCUCAACGAAAAAAAGCGUAUGCGCAUGCCUCCGUACUAUAUGUUAAUGCAGAAGAAAAGCUCAUACCCUGUGCUUCCCUGGCUACCAUAUUCUGAACGUAAGAAACGCUUUCCAGUCGCAAAACGUUCAACCAAAGGUUUAUCCACUGAGAUUAGAAACUUAGGAAAGACAGAUGAUAAAGUAGCUAGAGAUUUGGGUGAGAUAUUUGGAUCACCCCAUAAUCCCUCUAGUGAUAUGAAGAAGAAGAAGCGAUCAACAAAUGAAAAGGCACUGACUUCUUUGAACGAUGUUCCCUCUUCAACAUUGUCUGCUUUAAAUGAUACUACUACAAAUGCUGCUGUGGCAUCAGAUGUACACGAUCUUCAUCAAAAUGGUCAUGCAAAUGGGAACGAAGUUUCCAAGGCCGGACAUCAGCAGAAGGAACACAAGCAUCGUAAACGCAGCGAUCGUCAUAGUUCUCACGAGAGCCAUGGGGAAGAAGAUGAGGGUUCUGAAUCUGAAGAACGUGAAGAAGAAGAGGGCGAAGAGGAAGAAGAGGAAGAAUUUGACGACGAAGAGACCGAAAUACGCAAAAGGAAACGCGAUUUGGUUUUUGAAAAGGAAUUACUUCAAAGUGAGCCUGUUCUAGUCAGCCGCUUAAAUAACUUGAGGCAAAAAAAAUCCAUUGAUUGGUCGAAAUACUUUGGUAUAGAUCGUAAAAAAAAGGCUGUGAAUGGAUUGAGCUUCCAUUAUAAAGAUUCUGACGCGAGCGUAGAUGACGAGGAUUUGAAUGCCGAAAAAAUUGAUAGUAUGGAAAAGAAGCUGCAGUCAAUUGAGGACUUCAUCAUCGAUGGAACCAUCAAGUAUACAGGAGCACAUGAGGGAAUAACCGACCCUGAUGAAAUACGUCGUCUGAAGGAUCAUGUACUCUCACGUUUAGCUACCGCUUAUAGUUUGGAGAAAAUGCGUCGCGCCUUAGAAAAAUUGAGACAAUUAGUAGAUACUGAGAAUCAUCUACUCCACAACGUAAUUGAUACUGGUAACAACAACGAAAAGCGAUUGUCGGUAAAGAAGCAGCAAGCUGCUUUGCAGGAAUUCGAAAACAUUGGAAUACCGGAGAAUGAUAAGAAAAAGGAAAUUCAUUCGAAUGCUAUGAUGAGCACCAGCUCUGGCGGUACAACAAACAUUAGAACCGGUUCAAAGGGUAAUGAUGCACUAGAUAAAGUGAAGAAAUCCGAAAAGACGCGAAAUGGUUUUCCGCGUUACUCAGAAUUACCAAAUGAAUUUGGUGACGUAGACGAUGGGAAUUUCGUUGCACCCUAUGAGACCCUAAAUGACGCAUAUCUUGGCAAUAAAAAUUAUAUAAUCGGCUCUAACCAAUGUCCCUUAAUCGAGAUGAUAGCAGAGCGAUGCCGUGAAGUAGUAACUUUAAGUGGUGAUGUCCAACAGGAGCUGUUACCAAUUUGCGGUGUGCACCAAAUUUGCUAUUUAUGUGGUUCUUCGCAAGUGGCUUGUGAUUAUCAAUAUAUGACUGAAGCUGAUGCUAUUUGCGGCAAUAACAAUGAUUGUCAAGCUGUCGCGCGUUCGGUAUUAAUGAUAAUUCGAGGCACUUUCAGCGAAAAGCUCGGACCGCGAGAGUGUUUAAGGAACUCUUGUCUACAUGGUGCUAUGAGGGAAAUUGGACUGUAGAUCGAUAAGAGCCAAAUAUCUUAAAUUACUAUAGAUAAAAGAUACUAAAGUGAAAUAAUCAUAUGUAUAAAUUUGUUGGUGUCAUGUUUUGUUGCUGUAUUUACUAUCUUUCAGGUUUGAUCGUAUGCGAUAAAUGUAUACAUACACACAUAUAAAUGCAUUAGCAAAUUGCAUUCAUACAUAUUACUCGA